CACCGUCUUUCCGCACGCUACUCCGGCCAACGUCCAAGCUUGGCCGCCGCCGCCCCAUCUCGGGCGCUCAGAGCUUCGCAUCCCCAUAUCAUCUCCUCGCGCUCCUAUUGGCAGGCGCGUCCCCAGCUGCUUCUCACCUCCAUUCGCGACCAAGGCGUACAGCUCCCGGAAUCCAUUGACUCGACCCGAAUCACGGCCCUUUGCUCCAACUGGACCUUCUCCCCCAGCGACUGCUUGCAUCCCGUCCCACCGCUAAUCCAUCGCCACGGCGGACCGCCAUCGUCGCACCGACUAUCAGGCCGCCGCCGCAGGGCAUACACACGACUCCGCCGUCUCUCUUGUCGCCCCUCGCUCUACGUUUCGCGUGCCGUCGAGCCUCUCCACUCGGUCGCCGCCACCGUCGUAGUACGUCGUCAGCAGCAGCAGCGGCACCUUCCCAGCCUCCAAGCUCCCAAGCUACCUGAGCCUGCAUCUGCUGCAUGCCACUAA